AGCGGGUGGGGGGGAAAGUCCCGGCGGCGGGGGAACUGGCCCGGGUGAGCUGGCUGGAAAGAGGGGGCGGAGAGCGCAAAGUCAGAGCCGCCGCCGCCGCGUCCUUGCAGUCACUGCGGCGGAGUCUGGGCUGAGCCCGGGGGAGGCGGCCGGGACGUGCCGGGGCGAGAUGCGGCGGCUGCUCCAGCCUCUCUUCUAACUUUCCGGGGGACCAACGCGGAGGAGCAGGGAGAGAGUUGGGGGGAUGCCCAGAAGCCGUCGGUUCCCCGCAGCCCGCGCUUAGCAGCAGCAGCUCCCUGGCACGUCCGCCCGCGGGGCAGUGAGCGCGGCCGGCGGCGGGCGCGCGGGCACCGGAGCGGCCCAUGUCCAGCGCGGGCGACGCGGCCGCUCCCGGGCCAGCGGCGGGGCAGCCCUGCGCGGCCCCGGCGAGAGGCGGCGGCCGGCUGGGGGCCCCGACCCAGGAAAAAUGUGAUAAAGAAGUUUCUGAGAGAGAUAUAACUCAAGCUCCCAGUAGCUGCUUCACACGUGGAGAGGCACAAGACCAGUCUCUUUGGGGAGAUUGUCCAGAUGACCAACUCAUCCAAACCCAACCUCAGCGCUUGCCUCAGCUUCAGACUUCAGCACUGGAAGCGAGUGAGGAAGAAACGAGCAAGAUAAAGAAUGGCCACACCAGCCUGAGCAAUGGAAAUGGAAUCCACCAUGGGGCCAAGUCUGUAUCUGCAGAUAACCGAAGACUUUCGGGACCUGUUUCUCAAAAAAUGCAUAGAAAAAUUCAGUCCAGCUUGUCUGUAAACAGCAAUAUCAGUAAGAAGAGUAAAGUAAAUGCUGUCUUUUCCCAGAAGACAGGCUCUUCACCUGAAGACUGCUGUGUCCACUGUAUCCUGGCCUGCUUGUUCUGUGAAUUUCUCACCCUCUGCAAUAUUGUCCUGGGACAAGCGUCAUGUGGCAUCUGCACCUCCGAAGCCUGCUGCUGUUGCUGCGGGGAUGAGAUGGGGGAGGACUGUAACUGCCCGUGUGACAUGGACUGUGGCAUCAUGGAUGCCUGUUGCGAAUCAUCAGACUGCUUGGAAAUCUGUAUGGAAUGCUGCGGGAUUUGUUUUCCUUCAUAAAUAUUUAUCUUUUGUUUGUGUUAAAACUGGAGAGUGUUUUCCUUUUUUUUUUUUUUCCUUCUACAAGGCUUGGAAAAAUACAUGAUAAGAUUCUCACGAAGCAACCCAGUAUUUGCACUGUUUAACUCAGUCUUUUGAUUUCUGAAGGUCUUUUUCCUAUAACUAAAUCUUCAUGGUUUAAUAUGUGAAAUGUUAACUACUUUUAACUUUUAAACUUCAUCCUAGGUGACAGUGACUGAGGGACAUUUUCACACACACACACACACACACACACACACACACAAACACACAUACCAUGCAAAAUUAAGUGUCUCUUUUUCAAUACGCAUUUCUAUUUUUUUUUUUAAUAUUCUCAGGGGCCUCUUGCUCCAAAAUUUGUUGUUUUUCAAUGACUAUUUAAACCAGUUUAUUGUUGGUGUUUAUCUGUUAAUAAGGUAGAGCAAGCAUCUUUAAUAGAGACCUGAGGGAAUAAACACACACAGUAGUUCGUCACCUUCCGUCUGUGUUCCUAUAUCCCUGCACUAUUUUCACUUUCUCUGCUUAUUCCACAGACAUUCAGUAGGGAGGGUUUUGUAAUCUUUUCCUGAGACACAGAUGAUGGCAGUCAGCACUUAUCCAGACAGGAGUAUUCACUUUAGUAGAGGAAAAAAGACCAGUGAAGAAUGAAUCGGUUCAGAAGGCAUAGUCCAAGUGAGCACUAGGACAGAGAGAAACUCAAAAGGCUACGGGUAGGGUUAUAGUAAAAGAACAGUUGCUGUCUUGACAAAUGUUCCAGAAGUUUCAAGAAUGGGACAUUUGAAGAGGCUUUUAGGUUGAGUGAUUCAUCUGCUGCUUGAAUGAAUUAUUUAGAUUUAGGACAAAGCUUUGGGUGAACAACCUAAACUGUGGGUGCCCUUAAGCAGAUAAAAAGAAAAAUGCUUCAAAUACAUAUUUUCUUUAGCUGCGGAAUACAUUCGUUUUAGCUGCAAAUUUUAAAUUAACUAAGAAUAUGCAUUUUUACACGUAAUUUAAAUGUUAUGAUAGUUUUUUGAUUAAAAUGCCUUGUUAAUUGGCUAAUUUUACAGAGUAUGUGGAAUACUUUUGACAAAUUACAUUCAAAUUAUGCAUUUCAAUUGCAUUAAAUUUUUAAUACUAAAAUUCCCAUAUUCAGAAUUUGACUCCCCACCAACCCCCGCCCCCUAGAACUUUAUCCUUUUUGGGGAGAGUAGUGGGGAGAUCUUGCAGAUUUUUUCUUUUUUACAAAAAAGUUGUAUUUCGUAAGUGUUAAUUUAUUUUUGUCCUGCUCUGGGAUUGAGUCUGGGCUUCACAUAUGCAAGGCAUAUGCUCUACUGCUGAGCCAUCCCUGGCCCUUCCAGCCUGAAUCUUAAAUGCAAAUCCAUCCCUGCUAUUGCGGUGGGAUUCUUGACAAACACUAUUUAAACACAUUCUAGUGUUGCAUUUUUAUGUUAAAUUAAACCAAAUUAAAAUAAGAUUAAGUAUACAUAGUUAUUAAAACACGGAGACUGUUGCAGAUGAAUCCAUAGUAAAUUCUCAUAAUAUGUGCUGUCAUUAAUAAUUUUGAUCUCCCCCAAGUUAGUAUGGUUUGAUUGAAUGUAAUUUCUUUGAGAAAAAAUUUUAUAUGCUUUUGUAUUAAUAGUUAUUAUUACAUGUGUUUGUGGUAUCAGAGGUUGAAACCAGGACCUCAUACAUGAAAGCAUGUGCUCUACUAUGAAAUCACAUAGUUGGCCCCAAUAGUUACUCUCAGUGCUUUAUUAAAUUGAUAGUAAAAACAGAUGUUCUUCUUUUAAGUUGAAACAUAGGUUUUACUCCUAUUAAUUACUUAAAAGGCUUUAAAAAAAAUCUUAAAUUCCCAAUAUAGUGCUUUAUAUAUAAAUGCACUUUAAAUUGUCCAGUUUAAAUAGAAUUCUAAUAAACAGCUAUAUUUAUCUUCCUUGUAUAGUCUCUUUCUUUUGUCACAUCAAAUAUAAGAACAUCUUCAGACUAUCCAUAAUAACUAGAAUCUGAAUAUUUACAUAUAGCCAAAGUUAAGUUAGGCAUAUAUAAUAGGAUAUAAGAAUAUCAUCUGUCUAUGACAUAUAAAACCUAUUUAUAAUGACUUGAAAUUGCCAAAAUAUUUGGUUUUUCAUCCUGCGAAUUUUUUCAACCAAAUGGCCUGCCUAAUAUUUAAAUGUAUUCUGCUACUAUUUACCAUAAAAAUGUUAGCACUUUCAAAAUAAUUCUCUGUAACAGAGAAUUUUAAUUGAUGGCAGAAUUUUAUUUCAUAUUUAUAUUUAGAGUACUUUUCUCUAUUUUCUGUUCUGUGGUCAUUCCAUAAAAUACAUUAUAUAAUUUUUUAAAAUAAAUGUAGAAAAUCAAUGUGGAAAAGGUGAAAAUAGUUUCAAUAUGUUUUAGAACUUCUUUACGUAAAAUGUUUUGUUGAAUUAUUUGUCCAUCUUGACUAAAUGCUACAGUUACAGAUUUGUGGUCUUUAAAUGUGGAAACUUAAAUAUUACUAAACUGAAAAUAUAUUAAACUGAAAUAUUUCUUAAAAUUAGAAUAUGCCAGGAAUGAGAGUCAGUGGUAGAACACCUGCGCCACAUGUGUGGCUUCCUGGGCUCAAUCCCUGGCAUUGCAAAAAAAUAAAUAAAAACUGAGUUCAC